AUGGCUUCCUCAACUUUACCAAAGUUUGUGAUACUGCUAAGUUUAUAUCUGGUGUACACCACUUGUGGCCAAGGUGUUGGAGCUCAGACUGAGGAGACGAGUUUACAGCUAACGACAGAGGCCCUCGAAUGGCCGUCGGCAAUGCCGUUCUACGAUGAGUUUGGCGAGGAGGCAGACGUAGACGGUGGGAUUGGUCGGAGGUCUCUGUUCUGGAGGACGACUCACUACUACAUUUCGUACGGUGCUCUCUCUGCCAACAGGAUCCCAUGCCCACCUCGCUCCGGAAGGUCGUACUACACACACAACUGCUACAAGGCCAGAGGCCCUGUUCAUCCUUACACCAGAGGGUGUUCAAGGAUCACCCGUUGCAGGAGAUAG